AUGAAAAGACACAGUAUAGGCAAACGAUUUCGCAAAGUCAAAGGUUUGCGCAAAUCUGAUCCCAAUGCAGUCGUUCCUGAAACACCGAAACAAUUGCAAGAUUACAUCGACAUAUUGACUUCGAAAGGUGUGUAGAUCAAUAAAGUUAAGUAUGCGAUCUUCUAAACCAAAAAUGGUCUAAAAUAUCCAGGUCUCGUUGCCUCUGAGAAGAUCUUGUCAAAUGAAACCCUAGUCUCAGUGCCAAGGGAUUUGCUACUAACUACAAGACAUGCAUUUGAAUCCCCUCUGAAACAGAUGUUUAUUGACCACCCACAAUACUUUAGCAAUUAGUUCCAAUCCUCAUGGGAAGAUCAUCAAUUAAUGGCAUUUAUCUUGUAUGAAUAUCAGAGAGGUCCUGAAUCUGAAUGGCAUCUACUAAUAUCUAAUUUGCCUCGAGACAUCGAUUACCUCGUUUUUUGGAGUCACGAAGAACAAGAGUUGUUGGAUGAUGAAAAACUAAUCAAAUUGGCCAGAAAACAAUACUCAGAAUUCUUACUUGAAUACGAAACUCUCAAAUGCAUCACUGAUAAAUAUCCACAACACUUCAAACCAGAAACUGUCACCUUAGAAAAUGCCAGAUGGGUCUACACACAUCUCGUCACCAGAUGUUUCGGCAAGUACUUAGCCUAUGUGACUAUGGUGCCUUUUUGCGAACUGUUUAAUCAUGAAUGCACAGAUGUAUUCUAUGAUUUUGAAUACAAUGCUGACAAUCCUCAUAAGAGUGAAGAGAGUGAAUAAACUCAAGUCAAAGAAUUGAAAGAAGACGAAGAAUUAUCAAUCACAUCCUCUGAGGGUUCCUAUCAUUCUGAAGAUGAGAUUAGUGAUUCGGAAUAUGUGACUGACACCUAUGAGUAAUUCAAAGAGUUUAAUUUCGAUGAUUUUAGUGAAUAAUCAACGUAGAAAUUUUAUGAGGAAUUCAGCAAGACUUUCGAUAUCAAACAAUUAGAAAAUGAGGAAGAAGAGGAAUUCAAUAAGAGAAUCAAAGAUUUGCAGGAUCAAUAAAUCAAAAUGAGGAAGGAUUUUAAUAUCAAGUUGAAUCUUCAAAGAGAAGUGUUCCUCUUGUCUCGAGAUUGCAAGACAUUUGUAUUCUAAAACAUCGAUUAUGGAGAUAACUAUUCCAUCUUCUUUAUCGGAUAGAUGUUCGCUAAAUUGGAUAAGUCUAUCUAAGAGUACAUCACUGGAGGCAAGGCUUACUUUAUGGCCAGAGAAGAUGUCAAAAGAAUCUAACUAACCUGCAACACUUACAGAAACAACUUGUACGCCUUUCAGAAGGAUGUCAUGAAAUAACCAAUCUAUCAAACCAGUUAUUUCCAAUAAAAAAGAGCCAAGGGACAAAAUCAAUCCAUGGACACCGUUGAACAAAUUCUAUCUCAACCUUUAGAUCCCGAUUGCGAAUAUUAUAAAUAGGUGUGGGAGAAGGAUAAGUUUGAUAGGUUUGUCAUGAAAGCAUCGAGCAAGGAUCAAUUUGACAAGGGAGCUUAGGUUUAUUUUUGUUAUGGCAGACUGUCCAAUAGAAUGAUGCUCAUGAGAUAUGGAAUGUCAUUAGAAUAUAAUAAAUAUGAUCAUGUGCAUUUGAGAAUCGAAUAUUUGAAAUAUCUAUAAAGCAAUGAAGCCAUCUGGUUGGUCCAUAAAUAUCAAAUAAGCAAAUUCAAAAAAUUCAAAUUAAAGCAUACUACCUUCCCUCUAGAUUUCAUUGUGUUUUGCAAAUCAAUCUAUUGGACUUUCAAUGUACAUUCUUUGGAUUCUUUUUUCAAGAUCUAAGAUCUAAAAUUAGAAAGAAAAGCAUUACAAUUAGCCUUAGAAAUAUUAGUUGAAGAAAUUUCUAAGUUUUCUGAUAAAUUAGAAGACAACGAGAAAUUAUUGCAUGACAACACAUUAGGAUAUCAUGAAUACUUUGCUGUUAUUUAUAGAUUGGAAAGACAGAGAAUUUAUCAUCACAAUAUUAAUCUUAUUAAAAUCUGUAUUGUUGUUAUUGACAGAAUGCUAGAUGGAGUGCCAUUUGAAUAAGCCACUGAAAAAACAUAAUUUGAUUUCGAUUAUUGCGAAACAAAUCGUAUUAUCUUAAAGAAAUAUUUUGAACAGAUGAAAUAUGCUCUUUAUUUACCUAAAUGA